GAUGCAUGGAACGUGGCAUGGCCGUAAAAGAUGAAAAGCAACAACUUAAUCCCCCCUGAUCCAGGCUGGGAGAUGUGGCAACACUCUUGCCCAAAUGAGGAGAGCAUUGGCUUCAUCUCUGCGUAGGGAAGAGGGAGAUGACCCCACUUCCAGAGCUGCAGGACAAAUCCUGCUCUCACCAGGGCAAUUUGCAACUCUCAAACCCACUUUGUCUAGUGCUGGUGUACAGCAGCCUCAGUGGAAUUUUAAAUUCCUGCAUAAUGCAGGUUGCAAUGGUAGUUAACACCAAGAAGUAAUUUUGCAAACAAACCAUAAAAUAAGGCCCGAUUAUGGGCAAGAGCUCUCCCCCCACCAAGGCCUGGAUGCAGCCAAGUGUCUAAGCUGUUAACCUCCAGCUACAAUAAUUCCAUUUUUACCAAAAAGUGGGAAGUCUAAAUGUUUUAAGAGGAAUUUUCAGUAGGUGAGCGCCAUUCCUGUUUUGCUGAUGUCCCUAAUUUUCUCUUACCGAAUGUGUCUGGCGGGGAAUUACAGUCCCAACCCACUGUGCAAGAAGCAGAGGAAAGGCACAGCAGGCGCUGACUGUGGCCCCAGGCGAUGUGACAUUCAGGGUCACAAAGGGACCAGUGCCCUCCACCAGCCCCACAGCACCAGCACCCUGCCUGGAUCCUGCUGUGAGCCCCCCACACCUCCCUCCUGCAGCCAGGAGAGAAGGUGGUCCCCACUAAGGGGUCCCUGCCAAACCUUUUCUUCCCUGCAAAGCUGUUGCAAAUGCUGUGUCCUGGGGCAGCUUUUUAUACCUCUGUUGAUGUCCUGCCACACCAGCGCUUUCCAUGGCUUAUUAAUUAACUCCCACCCACUCUGGGAAACACCUAGCCACUCCCUGUGUCCUCACCUACCCAUUUAUAGCCGGGAGGGGAUGCUAGAAAUAGGUGCGUGGGCACUAAGAGGCAGAGGAGAUGAAAAGGGUGCUGGAAUCGAUUUGCAAAUGAGACAUUUCCCAGCUCGAAGCAGCAUGAAAAGCCCUGGGUGCACUCCAAGGCAUAUCAGAUGUCUCAUCAUUUUCAGCCUUUUGCUGGGACUCGUCUUCCUGUCAGGAUUCUUCCACAUGAAGGAUAAGGAUUACGGAAUCUUCAACAGCCACGAGGACCAAACUGUCGCCUUCCUGCAGAGCCUCAAACAGCCACUGCUGACCCCUCCCACGCCGUGCCAUGCCAAGACAAACGUCAUGUUCCUCAAGACCCACAAGACAGCCAGCAGCACCGUGCUCAACAUCAUGUUUAGGUUUGCAGAGAGGUACAACCUCACCGUCGCCCUCCCUGCUGGCCAGCUCUUCCACCUCGGCUACCCGAGGAUUUUCAGGGCCCACUUUGUGGAGGAUUUUGAACUCAUAGGCCAGAACUACAACAUCAUGUGCAACCACCUGCGGUUUAACCCCUCGGAGGUGCAAAAGGUGAUGGCACCCAACACCUUCUACUUCUCCAUCCUGAGGAACCCCAUUCCUCUACUGGAGUCUUCCUACAUCUACUACAAGAAUGAUGUCCCUGCCUUCAGGAGCUCCAAGGACGUGAACGAGUACCUGGCGUCACCCACGAGGUAUUACCACCCAGCGGAUUACAGGCAGAACAUCUACGCCAGGAAUAUUAUGUGGUUUGACUUUGGCUACGACAACAACGCAGAGGAUGACACAAAGUACACCCAGGCCAUCCUCGAGGAGAUCGAGCAGAACUUCCACCUCAUCCUUAUAGCGGACUACUUUGAUGAGUCCAUGAUCCUCUUGAAGCACACUUUGUGCUGGGAUCUGGAUGAUGUGAUUUACUUCAAGCUCAAUUCCAGAAGUCAGGACACUGUCCAGACUUUGACUCCAGAAAGUGAGGAGCGGAUAAAAGCGUGGUGCUCACUGGACUGGAAGCUCUACCUGCACUUCAACCAGAGCUUCUGGAGGAGAAUUGAGGAGACCAUAGGGCUGGAGGUGCUGGAGAAGGAGGUGGAUCACCUGCGAACCAGACAGAAGGAGCUCAUGGAGACCUGUCUCUUGGAGCAGGAGCCAGUGGGGAAGGGUCACAUCAGGAACAAAGCUCUCCAGCCUUACCAGUCAGGAGCUGCAGAUAUCCUGGGGUACAACCUCAGACAGGACUUGGACAACAGGACUCUGAGAACCUGCCAGAAAAUGGUCAUUCCAGAGCUCCAGUACACAUCCUACCUUUACACUGUCCAACACCCGCACAAGAAGGGGAAGCAGCUGGGGUUGCCAUUACCAUGGACCAGUCUCCAGGAGAGGAUGCAGCUCCCAAAUACCAACUAGGACACGUGACAACCCACUGUGGCUUCCCACUGCUUUGCAUCACCCCAUGUCUGGCAUGUGACUGACCCACACAAGACAGGACUCUUGUACGUGAGGGGGAGGCAGUGGGGGCUUUGUUCAGGGUCACCGAGUUGGUGGUUGGUCCCUUUUUGGGGACCUUGAGCCAAAGGCUCUGCAUUGCUCAGAUCCUGCGUGAUCCUUCCUGCCUGCUCCCAGCUGGGGAGUGCUGGGCAGGCUGCAGCUGGCAUAGACAUUCCAGCUUCUUAAUCAUUAAUCACAGGUGUGAUCAUUUGCCUGCUUUAAUUUCAUUUGAUAUCCAUCACUACAUCCAGUCUGGUCACAGCUCACUGGAGCAA